AUGUUUUCCUCAGUGAAGCCAUAUGAGAACCAGCGCUAUGCAUCCCUGAAGAAGGAGUGUCAGAGGCGGAAGCAGCUCUUUGAGGACCCACUUUUCCCUGCCAAUGAUGACUCGCUCUUCUACAAGUCAAGGAUCCAGGGCAUCCAGUGGAAGCGACCAAAAGAAAUCUGCGAUGAUCCACAUCUCUUUGUGGACGGGAUCAGCUCCCAUGACUUACACCAGGGCCAGGUUGGGAACUGCUGGUUCGUGGCUGCCUGCUCCUCCCUGGCAUCCCGGGAAUCUCUGUGGCAGAAGGUCAUCCCAGACUGGAAGGAGCAGGAGUGGAAUCCUGAGAAACCUGAGAGCUACGUGGGGAUCUUCCAUUUCCAGUUCUGGCGUUUUGGUCAGUGGCUGGAUGUGGUGAUAGAUGAUCGCCUGCCCACCCUCCACAACCAGCUCAUCUACUGCCACUCCAACUCCAGGAAUGAGUUCUGGUGUGCCUUGGUGGAGAAGGCUUAUGCCAAGUUGUCAGGCUGUUAUGAGGCCCUGGAUGGAGGAAACACAGCUGAUGCCCUGGUUGACUUUACUGGUGGGGUCUCUGAACCUAUCGACCUGACCGAAGGGGACUACGUCACUGAUGAAGCCAAGCGAAACCUCCUCUUUGAGCGUGUGUUGAAGGUGCACAACCGGGGAGGCCUCAUCAGUUGCUCCAUCAAAGCCACGUCAGCGGCUGACAUGGAGGCCCGCCUGGCCUGCGGACUGGUGAAGGGCCACGCGUACGCGGUGACAGAUGUGCGGAAGGUCCGCCUGGGCCACGGCCUGCUGUCCUUCUUCAAGUCGGAGAAGCUGGACAUGAUCCGCAUGCGCAACCCGUGGGGCGAGCGGGAGUGGAACGGCCCUUGGAGUGACACCUCUGAGGAGUGGCAGAAAGUGAGUAAAAGUGAGAGAGAGAAGAUGGGCAUGACAGUGGAAGACGAUGGAGAGUUCUGGAUGACUUUUGAAGAUUUCUGCAAAUACUUCACGGACAUCAUCAAGUGCCGUCUCAUCAACACGUCCUACCUGAGCAUCCACAAGACCUGGGAGGAGGCAGUGCUACAUGGGGCGUGGACCAGAAACAAUGACCCCUUGAAGAACCGCUGCGGAGGCUGUAUCAACCACAAGGACACCUUUUUGCAGAAUCCCCAAUACGUAUUUGAUGUGAAGAAGGCAGAAGAUGAAGUGCUGAUCUCCAUCCAGCAGAAGCCAAAAAGGACCAGUCGCAAAGAGGGCAAAGGAGAGAACCUGGCCAUAGGCUUUGAUAUCCACAAGGUGGAGCUGAACAGGAACUACCGCAUGCACACCCUGCAGCAGAAGGUGGCCAGCUCCAUUUACAUUAACUCCCGGAGCGUCUUCCUGAGGACGGACUUGAAGGAAGGCCGCUACGUCAUCAUCCCCACCACUUUCGACCCAGGUCACAUAGGCGAGUUCCUUCUCAGGAUUUUCACAGAUGUGCCUUCAGAUUGCCGAGAGCUGACGUUGGAUGAGCCACCACACACCUGCUGGAGUGGGAUGUGUGGUUACCCACAAGUGGUAUCCCAGAUCCAUAUCCUCGCUGCAGCCGGGCUUAAGAAUCAGGACUCCCAAGGAGGAGCUGACCCUUACGUGAUCAUAAAGUGUGAAGGGCAAAAGGUUCGCUCUCCAGUGAAGAAGAACACGGUAUCUCCAGAAUUUGAUGUGAAAGGGCUCUUCUACCGCAAGAAGCCAGGACAACCCAUCAUUGUUCAGAUCUGGAACCACAACUUAAUAAGCGACGAGUUCUUGGGCCAAGUGGUACUCACGGGGGACCCCAGCGACCGGCAGUCGGUGCAUACGCUGCAUCUCCAGGACAAGGGGAACAGGAGGUCAAACGAUCUCUCCGGAACCAUUGCCGUGAGGCUGCUCAGCAGUAACAUCCUCACUAAUGUCUGA